GGAUAAGUACCAGUCAUCAACAUCUUUUGCCUGGGGCAAGUAAUUCAGGAGAGGUCAAAAAUGCUGAACAAUCUGAAAAAGUUGAAGGAAUGCUGGCCUUUGUCAAACCUGAAACUCAACAAAAGGAGCAUUUGUUGUCCAAUGAAGCCCUAUUGUCCAAUGUGUUCUCUUCUUGGCCUGACCAAAAGUGUGAGGGUCUACACAAGAGUUUGGACUUCCUCCUGAACCCAAAGAAAUACUUCAUCACCUGCAAACUAAUAAAAUUGCUUCAGCAAGCUCAUCUUUCUGACCCUGAGGUCAAAGCAGAGAAGAAUGGACUAUAUCAAGUGGAUGACCUCCUUGGACCCCCUAUGAUUGCCAUUUUGCAGAAUCCUGAGGGGUCUGCAAGACAUUCAAAGAUAUCUUUGAUCAGCACCUUUGGAAAUCCUAAGAGGUUCAAGCGAUCGGUGAUGGAUCCAUUUGUUUCACGUCUGCGGCAAACAGCGUUGCCAACAGGGAUGUUGCCAACUACAACCACA